AUGCAAGGACUUUUACGUUCUCGAGCCUUUUCAACGUGUGUUCGUUUAGCUAUGGGUGACGCUCCUAUAGAUUUACAUGGCUGGAGAAAACCGUACCUGAACAAAGAGGAACCGGAAGUAUUAGAAGAGAAUCUUCCAACUACAGAUCCACAUAAGCUUUUUGAUAUUUGGUUCAAGAAAAUAGCAGAACUGAAGGAUUUGACGUUUGAAGAAUUGAACACAUGCGGUUUUUCCACCGUGGGAAGAGAUAAUAGGCCAUCAUCGAGGAUUGUAUUAUUGAAGUCCUAUGCAGGGCGCGGGUUUUCGUUUUUUACGAAUUACAACAGCAGGAAGGGAAAAGAGUUAGAAAUGAACCCGUAUGCCUGUAUGCUGUUCUACUGGCCACGUCAAGUUAGACAGGUAAUAUUGCUUUUAAUUGGCUAAUA